UGAUUUCACGACAAUUCAGACCUAUCCCUAUCGGUACCGUUGUAUACAAUUCAGACCUCUUCGAUCAUUUUGGAACACAAAUAAUUUAUCCACGGCUAAGCUCAAACUGCAGUAGCUUUGACCAACCUUCCUGCUAGACCUCUCUUCAAACAAAGAAUCAGAAGCAAUUCCAAUUUCAAAAGAUCAUAUCAGAGAUGACGGAGACAAAGGCUGUGGUGAAAUACAGUAUCCUCACUGUGGUGGGAUUCUUGGGGAUGGUAUCGUUUGCUGCUGGUUUUGCUGCAGAGUUUACUAGAGUUAAGGCUUCUCAGGUACGAAUUACUCGUUUUUCUGGGUGUGUAUACCCUUCAAGUCCAGCUAUGGUUCUUGGUUUGGUUGCAGCAGUGGCUCUUUUGAUGGCUCAAAUAAUUAUAAAUGUUUCAGCCGGGUGUGGCUGCUGCAAAAGAAGCCCUCGUUCUUCUAACUCUACAUCCACAAAACAUGUGGCUCUCUGUGUUUUUUCCUGGAUCACAUUUGUGGCUGCGUUUAUUUUGUUGCUGGCUGGUGCUGCACUAAAUAACAAACGUGAUGCAGGAGAAAGCUCGUACUCUGGCUAUUACUCUUGCUAUGUAGUGAAACCUGGAGUCUUUGCAGGAGGUGCCAUUUUGUCCAUUGUGACUUUGAUUCUUGGCAUUAACUAUUAUCUCGCCUUAAUUUCGGCAAACAUGAGCAGUAACAUUAACAAUCCAUCCGGCAAUUCUUAUGCUACUUAUCAAGGAGGCCAAGGUGAGAUAUCAUUAAUACCAAUGGGACAACCUCAGUUCCCACCAAAGAGUACUCAAGAACCUGUUGGCCCAUGAAGAAACGUGCAUCAGACAUUAAUCAGGAGUAGUUUCAUGUCCAAACACCAACUGGUUAAUUAAUUUAUGUGCAUGUUCCUUUCGUGCUUCAAAUAAGGAUUUUGUUCUUUGGCUCAAUGGGAAAAUGGGGGGGCUUUCUUCAGUCCCAUCAUUUUGCUGUUAAUUUGUCAGCAUGAUCGGUAAAAUCUAUUGAAUUUUCUUUCAGUUACAAA